UUUACUACACAAAAUGUCAGAAAAAGCAUACACAUCUUUAGAAGACCAGUACCAAACAGUAAACGUGAGGAGAACCAGAGAAGAAAUCACUACAACCAGCUCUGUCGAAGAAAUUCUCAAGAAAAUUGUACCAGCUAAAAGUUUUCUGUACAGAAACCAAGAUAAGAAAAAUGAUAGGAUAUUCAGUUCUUAUUUACCAAUGGACUCUGGUACCCCAAAAAAGCCUAGAAGAUUCUUUAGAAUGAGUUCAUACGAGUAUCCAAUGUUCUCAUCAAAAGAAACUAAAACGGAAAAUCACAACGAUAGAGGAUAUUAUUCAGUAAAAACUAACAGCAGAUACUAUAUUCAGAAAACGUUCAGAAUACCAGAAGCUAAAACGAAAUACAAAUCAAUGACAACUCCUGAAGAAGUGAGUGAAUCUGCUGUAGAAGAUCAUCUGUACGAAGAUUUGUGUUACACUGACGUAGAAAAAGAAAAAACCGAAGAAGAGAAAAGAGAUCAAACUCAGAAACCUUACAAAGUUAUGAUUCAAGAACUAUUCCAAUCGUUCAAAUUACCAUUCUUUAAGAAGAACGAAGACGCAGAAGUUAAGGAAGAUGCUAAGGAAGCAGUUGAGGUUGUCGAUGAACAAAAGAAGGAAACUGAUGGGAAUUUCUACGAGAAUGGCGACGUGGAAGUGGCUGCAAAUAUGUACGAUUCUGUACACGCCGUUCGGCCGGUAGAAGGUGCGGAAAAAGAUCGGGUGCAGAUUCCAGUGGAAGACUACUUAGAGCCCAUUCAGGUGGAAAGGGACCACCAGUACUGCGACGUGGCGCUGAAAGAGGACUCCCUGCUUCAGUACAUCAUGAACCUUUUCGAGAACUUCGGGAUGCGGCGAGAAACGAACGAAGAAACCUCCGAAGCCCUGGAACCUCGGAAGCCUGAAGAACCCCCAGCAGAAUGGACGAACAACAUGGCCGGCCGCCCGCUGCCCGUGCCGGUCGAGAAUGAGCCUUACUACAUGCAGGUCUCUAGGAGCGAGGCCGAAGAUUUGCUAAGGGGUGAACCUGAUGGGGUUUUCCUGCUGAGGCCGUCAAGUCAGCCAAACCACGCGUACACACUAUCGGUGUCCUGCGCCGGCGGCGUCCACAAUGUGGGCGUGCGCAAACGCAGCGACGGGCGCCUCGCGCUCGGCUACCCGCGCCGCGGUGAACGCGGCUUUACAAGCAUAGCGUCUUUGCUCCGGCAUCAUAAACGGCGAAGAUUACUUCUUGUGGCCGGCGGAGGGGUGGUGGGCGCUACCACCCUCAACGAGCCCCCGCGAUACUACCAGACCCCAUCCAGCAUACCUGUGCCUGUACGCACACAAUGAUCAUCAAUAUCAGGCAAUUGAAGAAA